UAUUGUUAUUCGGAACUCAAUAAUGUUUUAGACCACAAUUUGUUUAGCCGUCCAGUUGUGAAUUUCAGUUUGUAUGUAUUGGAUAUGAUAUGUGAAACGUGAGAAAUGAAAGUUCCAGAAUGGAUUACACUGUUAAUUUUCUGUGACUUUGUGCUUUUGCAUACAGUUUCUUCGAACGACUGUUGUGUGGGCCUCCCAGAAGAUGAAUCAAGCUGCCGGGACAUCUGUUUUAAGGUGUCGGAGGCAACAAAUCAGGUUGACCAGAUCUCCAUGCUGGCGUCAGCUCCGUCACAAUGUCCACAUCACCUGAUGGAGUUUUGGCGCUGUAUAGAACAGGCAGUACCAGCCAUACUGGACAUGGGAGCGUUUUCUGGACGUCCAUGCUGUAAUCUUACCAAGACGAAAGCGUGCCGGGAAUCUUGUGUAAAGGCCAAGUCAAUGGACGACAUAGAACAGCACUGUAGUCAGAGUACAGAGGACACGAGACUGUUCGACUGCAUCGAAAGACAAAAAGCGGGAGAGAAAUGCUGUGGCAAGGCUACAUCACAGGAUGGGCUACUCUGCAAGGCAACGUGUUGGAACAUGUACCUAACAAACACGAUAGCCUCUUCUGACGCAAAACGCCAGCUUCGACACCAUUGCACUGGGCGGAAUCAUGAGGUCGAUAGAUGUGUGCACAAGCAGACACGCACCACUAGACAGAGUAGUAGCCUAGAGACGAUCCAUUGCUGUGACUUGUCUACAGACGAUGCCUGCCGUACAGUUUGUAAAGCCGCUCUGCAAAGUGAUGAUAAUCAAGAUGCGAAAAUGAAUCGAAUGAUCGAGACGUGCGGAACAGUUGACCUGGUGGACCCUCUGUACACGUGUUUCCUGAAGUAUGACGAUGGAAACAACCAGGCCCAGGACCCGGCGGGAAUCGACACAGCCAAACUACACUGUUGUCAGAAGGCCAAAUCGGAAAGAUGUGGAUCACUCUGCGUUAAGACUCAUGGCUGGAAGUGGGGCACCAUUCGCAAGUUUGAGCAGCACUGCGUCUACCAGACCUCUCCUGUCAUGGAGACUAACAUGCUCAGCUGCCUCAAAGAUGUUGAAGAGCCAUGUCAGUUAGGCUGUAGCGGUUUGAACUUCUGUACAAACCUUAACAAUCGACCGACAGAGCACUUCCGCUCGUGUAAUAGUGAUGCAGAUGAAGCUGCGAGAAAGGACAUACAGAUGUGGCAGGAGGGCCAGAUAUCACUACCAAACUUUGAUGUCCCUGUUAAAGAUAUCCGUACUUGUGAACCAGAAAUGUGGAAAGCCAUAGCGUGUACAUAUCAGAUCAAGCCAUGCUUCCGAAAACCUGUGGCCCUCGAAAUAUGCAGGGAGGAUUGUGUGUAUAUUAUCAACAAGUGUGUGGACACUUCAAGGUUGGAGGAUGGUCAAUUAGUGCUUGACCGCUGUAAAAGACUAGCAUUAGCCAGUAGCGGAGAAUGUAUUUCUGUUGGCAAGUAUACAGUUGAGGGCUCACAUAUGCCUCAAACUGGGACAGAGAUCGAGGUAAACCACCCAUGUCGAUCAAACCCGUGUAAGGAAGAUGAGGUUUGCGAAAUUCGUCGAAAGAAUUGCAGACAUUCCGCCACCUGUCCACACUACAUUUGCAAAAAAGGUUGCAAGAUGGGCCAAGUAUCAAAGGUCUUAGUGCCCCAUGGCAGUAAUGUUCUUAUUCCCGUAUAUCGGAACGGAGAAAUUGACGAGAUGUGCACCGACUUCAAAGUCUGCCAUUGUGGAAGUGAGGGAAGCCUCGGACACUGUCAGGACAUCACAUGUGUGGCCAACACCCACUGCAGGAUAGAACAUACCAUGAAAACGCAUGAGCACGGAGCUUACUACACACAGGGCUGUAAUGACUGCGUGUGUUUUGCUGGAAAAGACGUCUGCAGCAGACGACAGUGUUCAGCCAGCACAUCAGAAAAUAAGUUCACAGGCAUCCAGAACUGCAACUGUGUUCAUGAGUUCCGACCAGUGUGUGCAGCGAAUGGACGAACCUAUCCGAGCGCAUGUAUAGCUGUUUGUGCGGGACAGACUGUGUUCAUCGAUGGGGCAUGUAGCCAGCACUCCCCAUGCACCCCGAAUCCCUGUCAACAGGGCUACAAGUGUGUCGCAAAUCGUCAGGUGUGUUUUGGUCACAAGAACAGCCCCUGUCCCCAGUACCAAUGUGUGUCCCAGGAAUGCAACCCACAUCAACAUGAGCCUGUUUGUGAUAGCACAGGGAAGGAGUUCACUAAUGUCUGUAUCAUGAUGUCGAAGGGGCGCACAGAGGGGUACAAAGGACAUUGUGUGACCCAGCCUUGUGCCUCCAGUGAGUCAGUAUGUGGCCAAGAUGGGGAGACCUACUCUAGUGAAUGUGCAGCCCUAGCGGCCCGGACAGCUGUAGACUACAAAGGACCAUGUGCUGCCCUACCGGAUCAUUUCCAACUGCCGGGGGAGGUAUCAAGAUUGAGUCUAUGUGAAGGAGUGGAAUGUAGGCCAGUUGCGGUUCCUGGUUGUCAGGGAAUUAUCCCCCCUGGUGCUUGUUGCCCAAUUUGUGCUGCUGAACUGCGGGUCCUACCCAGCGAGUCCCUAGCCUACAUACCAAUUCAGGUUCGUAAGGGCCCGCUGACAAUGCGAAACAUUCUACGUGAGUUGUCGGCACUAGUCACUGUAACGGAAUGUGAUGUGUUUGGAUACCUUGGGUUGAACGGGGAUAUUGUAGUGCUGCUGACAACCGUGGUGGAAAGACCCACACCGCUGCAGGUGACAGCGUGUAUAAAAGAGGCGGAGCGAUUAGAAUACUUGAUUCAAUCACGAAGUGCAACAAUCACGUCAAACAUGAUAUUAAAUCCCUUACUUUAUGCAAAAUUACGAACUCCUAGUUUAGUUGUAACUUCUGGAGUGCCACCAUUUUAUACUCAAAACUUAUUGGCUGUUGUGAUUCUAGCCGUGUUACAUUUUUCUAGGCUAUUUUUUUCUCAUAGACCAUUUGAAAUUGUCUGAUCAGUUCCUGGAGUUCAAUAGAUGACAAUUUCAUUGUUAAAUAAGUAAUAGUGAUGCAUGGCACCAAGUGUGAACUUGAUUAGCUACUGGCUAUGUGAAAUCGAGCUAAACCGGUUCGACAGAUGCAAUGUAGAAGGGAUUAAGUGGGCCUCAAUUGCUUGAUAAAGCUACAGUUCCAUAAAUUGUGAAUUAAGGUUAAGCUGGUUUAUAAUCCUGCUGACCAGAAGAUAACUAGUAUCAACAGCAAACACAUUGUCAGAGUCAAGGCUGCAAGACUCAACCAAGCCUGGUUUAAUCGAUUAACAAAUUUGACCUUUGGAAUCAGGCACAUACAAUUUGUUGGCUCUAAGCUUACAGUUAUUAAGAAAUCCUGGCUUACUUGAUUAACCUAUGAUAUAUUGGCCAAUCAAAUCCAGUGCAACCGGUUUGCCGGAUUCUGAGUUUGUAUGAAUCUCAGCCAAAAUGAAACAAAAGGAUGGCAACAGGAUUCUUCAAAUGGGAAAUUUGGAAGAAGAAACCUUAUAUUGUUAUGAUGUGCCAAAACAUAAUAUUUGGAGUCAAGAAUUUCAACAGUUCAAAAUAUUAGUUUGUAGUUUGUUGUAAUUAUGAGUACAGAGAAUUUUGAAUAUUCAAAAGUAAAUUUUAUGCUGAAAAAGUAUUUUGCUAAAAUAGCUGAUCUUUAAAUAUCUAUAGAAUAUUUAAUAUAUAAUAAAAAAGGCAACUUAAAAAUUACUAAAUUAAUUGAAAAACAGUAAUUUUUUUUUACAUUUUUAAGCUAUAAAAAAAUUAUGUUGCUUUCGCAUUCAGUUAUAAAUAAAAACAUUUUUUUGUGUCAAAAUUGUAUAAGUAUGGUGAGUAUAGUAUUUGGAAUAUUUAUAACUCAUAGUAUUCUUUUGUGACUGUGAUAUUAUUGUUGCCAAGGUAAAUAUUCAGUUGCCAUGGUGACAAAUUUGCCAUAUUUAGGUAGUAAAUUGAUAGCUUUAAAGCGGGCUGAAAAACAAGAUAGUUUGAUAGAAAAACAUGAAAUUGAAACUUUGAGGUUGAAGAUCAAACAAAUUAUUCCAAUGAAAUUAUAAAAUUAUUCCAAUGAAAUUAUAAAAGAUUUGCAUUUUUUUUCUGCAAUUAUGAAAUAUAUGAAUUAAUUAUCAGCCCUAUUGAAAGUCAGCAUUAAUUUUAUGGUUUUAUAUGCUUUGUAUAUAUUGUAUUAUAUAAUUUUUGUAUUUUAAUGAAGUUGAUUAAUUGAUUGUAUUAUUUGCUUUGAAAAGAUGUCAAAUUAUCAUUUACAGAAGCAUUUAUUGUUUAUUUUUCAUGUUAUGAUACAAUGUUAACAGUGUAUUUUCUGCUUUUUGUUAAGUAAUUCUGAUGUUUGAGAAGAAAUUAAGACAUUUAGGGGCUGUAUUCACUUGAAGCCUGAAUUUAAGACUCUGACUCAAAAAAGCUAUAUUUUAAUUUUGUUGUAAAAAUGCUAUUAUAAGAAAAAAGAUGGUAAAACCUUUCGUAUAUGGUAUGUUACAAAUAAUUUGCUCUACAAUCAGACACCCAUCUUUUGUCAUAUUUGUUAUAUCUUAGAUAUUUUGAAACAUUUAAGAAUGCAGUUUUCUGAACCUGUGUCUAAAACUCGGACUGAAGACUUUAGUAAAUACGGGCUCCUUGCUUAUGCCGUUAGCUCUAGAGCCCUCUAAAGCUCAAUCCUAAGCAAUAUAAGGCCUUAAAAAAAAUAGGUCUGUUUCGGGUAACCCAACCCUACCUAUAAAAAUGCGCCGACCCUAACUAUUUUUUUCCGUUUUUGAGCAAAAAAAUAUUCGUUAGCGAAUAGAGAGGUACGAAGGGCGGAUAAAUGCAGAUUUUAAUCAGAAUUAUUGUUUAUAUGAUAAAACAAAGUCAGGCAAUGACAAUUAUGUAGGAAAGACUGCCAUGUGCAAGAAAACACUCUGAACUUACAACAGAUUUUGAAAAAAAAAAUAAAAAAAUAAAAAAAACCAUCCCUACCUACCCUACCUAGAAAUUUUGGGAAGGUUACCCUAAACAAACAUUUUUUUUUUUUUUUGGCCUAAGUAAUUUGUAGUUUACUCCUAAAGCACACUUUUCAGUGACUUGUCAUAACAAACAUCUUAAAUGAAACUGUUAGAACCGUUUGGACUUUCUGGAAACUUGUUUUGACCUUGUCUUCUCUUUUGGUUCAAGACUAACUUCUCUUAUAACAGAAAGUGCUUUUAGUAAGUGCAUCAUUGCUUAAGUAUUUAGACCUUUUUGCAUACCAUCUUAAUGGCACCCUGCGUAUGCAACUCACCCCAGAUAUUUGCUAAACUAAAGUUCAUUAUCUAGUACACAAGUUAGCGCUUUGUCAUGAGGUAUUAUUUUAUAGAAACACAGAAUUAAUUCUCUACAAAUGUAACAAGAUCAUUGAGGCCAUGUUAUCAACACACGAAGUGUAUGAGAGCUUUUUCGAAAUCGAUAUUAAGAGUGGUUAUAAUAUAUGCUUAAAAGCUAAUGUCUUUGCUUUUAAAUUAAGGCAAGUUUUGUUGGAUUUUGUUAGUAAAAAUUUCAUAUAUAAAUUUGUGAUCUUGCGAUAUUUCGUUGAUGAAAUGUCCCAUAAUGUACAUGUUCAUGAUGUUUAAUUAUAAACGGAUUAUUUAAAUAACACAUUGCAAUAUUCACUUAAUUAUUGUAAUACUCCGGACACUGUCAAAAUUGCAUGAAAUUCAUUUCGUUGAUGUUUAUUCAUUAUUUCAAACUAUUCAUGAUCAUAUUCUUAAAUUAUUAUUACUCAUAAUUGCAAGAAUAUUUGAAAAUAUUGGGUAAAUUUUAUAAGUGUUUUUUUGUAGUAUCAUUCACAAAAUCAUUUAGUGUUUCAUGGCAUCAUUUUAUUUUUUGACACAGGACUUAAAAAAGGGUAAAUUUCGUAUGUUUUCAAACGGGAAAACAUAUUUGUAAUGUAGCGACACAAAAAAUUUAUACAGUUUUAUACAGUUUGAAGUUUCAGUUUGUCAUGGUUGUGUAUGCUAGACUUUUAAUAUUGUAAGUUUGUUACAAACAAAAAUAAAUGCCUUAUAAAAAGAAGACAUCAUACAUAUGGUCAUACAAUACAGAAUUUAUUAAAUGAUUUAAAAAAAAGAGGAGAUAAAAACGAGCCUUGUUGAUGUGUUUUUAACAAUUUUAGUGAUCUAUAAUUAUUAUUAUAAUUAUUUCAGGUUGGAUGACCGCUAUACUAUUUUGAGUUUUUUAUAGUUAAAUACAUAAAACGACGCUUUAUAGGGCAUAUUUUCAAUGCUGUUUAUUUUCGGUGCCUCGUCAAAUGUUAUUACACUUGUUAUGAAUCAAUUUUUUCAUGAUGGCAAUUUCUUUAAUGAUAUAUUAAAAAUAAAUACAGCAUGAUUUGAAAUACAUGCAAUACCAGUUUUUUGCAAACAUUGAAUAGAUAGGAGAAAUAUAAUUCUUUGGUGAAAAUAAUAAUCAUGUAAAAUAAUAUAACGUUGUUUAAAAUUAUAUUAAGAUGACAUGAAGUAAAAUCAUACUGAUUAAGCAUGGGCAGAGUAAGCUGAGCAAAUGAGCCCUUCUUAAUCAAUAAGAUUUUACUUCAUAUCAUUUAACUGACUUAGAAUACAACCUUUAAUUGGCUGACUCUUUGUGGAUGCUAAAUCUGACACAGGGAUUGUGUAUUGGAUGAGUGGCAGUAGGCCACCGGUAGAACUUAGUGAUUGCCUAUCAGCAAUUUAAUUGGCUGAAAGUGUUGGUUGUAUUCUAAAGUAAAUUCAACAAAACAGUUCAAUAAACACCGUGUUAAAGAUAUAAGGGAGAUGUACCAAAUAAUUAUGGAAAAAAGACUAUUGAUGAUUAUCAGUCUAAUUACGAUCCACUUUUAUUGUAUGUAUUAUUUACUUGCAUUAAUUGUUCAUGAAAUGUAUACAUUGAAUUAUAUUAUAGUGUAUACCUUUCGUUAUUAAUAUUUUUGUGCCUGCGCGAAAAAAGGUAAAACUAAGCCAUCAUCAUGCUAGGUAGUAGUUAAUUAGGAAAACCAUUUCAAUUUCAUUGUUUUAAUACAUGUAUUUCUCUUGUGAAAGUCUUAAUCAAAAGUAUGGCUGAGGAUAUUUAAGUAUAUUUGAGGUAUUAUAUGCAUUUUUUUUGUGUUAAGUGUAUAUUAUCAUGUGUAUUGCUUUAUAUUGGCGUUAAAUUAAGAAAGGUGCUACAGUUGUGAAAUGGAAAGUAAUAAGUGUGUUAGUUCGAUACUGUACAUUUUUUUUAGUUUUGCGAUGUCACAAUUUUGUCACAAAUAUUUUGUUUUGGACAGUUUUGCAAGGUUUGACAUUCAGGACUAAUCAUUGUAAGAAUAUAAAAAAUGAAGUCACUAUAAUAAUCAAUUCGGGAGAAAAAAAAACAUCUCAAAAUUUAAAUAGUCUAUAGUAAGUUAAAAGACUUCUUAUAUAUAUAUAUAAAUUUAAAUUAACUUAAAUCUGUUCAUCGCAAAAAAGAAAUGUAAAUUGCCUUUAAUCUUUAAAUAACACCAUUGGACUGCAGCCAUUUUAAGAAAGAAUCAUAUUUUCUGCCUACAUUUUAUGUCAUAUUCAAUAUAAGGCUUAUCUCUGCUUGUUACAGUUCUGUUUCACUUGAUGGCUGGGUCUGGUGCUUACAAAGGAUAUGUUUGAUGUCUUGUUAAUACUUGUCUUAUUACUAAAAUACAAGAAAACAAGCUAAAUUUUAUAGUCAUAUUAUGAUGUGUAUGCUUUUAAUAUCAGAUUUUAAGGAGCCGUUCACUCUUUAUUACAAAGUGAAUCUUAUUUAAUAUUAUAAACCAUAUUUUCUCCAUUAUUUUUAACUAGAAAAGACAUAACAUUUCAAUCAAUAAACAAACAAAUGUAAUUGAAAUAAUAGUUCCUGAAGCAGUUUGUUAUGACUAAAUGUGAAUUUUAAAUGUGUCAAUUUCAAGUGUGUUAUGUUAAAUAAGUCAGUGUUAAGUGUUUUUUCCUGUUUGGUGUCAAUGUCAAUGUAUUGUCUCAGGUUUUUUCUAGUCAUACUCCUAAGCUAUCUUGUAUUAUGCAAGCAUUUUUAUAAUGCUCCUCUGUUGGUUUUUUAGUGGAAAUAUUGUCAUAGCCUUGGCGAUGUUGUGCAAACCUUCCUACGUUGGUCAGAUUGUUCAGAACUUUGUUUAAGUUAACUUCAUUCUUGUUAACUUUUUAAGGUAACAUAUUUUAUGAUGUGCUGAUAUAUCUAAGUAUAUCUAAGUAAAACAAGCAUAGUUGAAUCAUUUGUGUCAAUAUUUGUGUCAAGUACGGCAGAUCUUUACAGUAUUAAAGAUUUGGAAGUUUACAACGAUCCAGUUAACAAUAUUGUUAACUUUAACAAUAUUGUGAACAAUCUACCCAAUGUUUGCAGUGGCUUCACUGAUAAAUCUCUAUUAACGCCCGGUAAGCAUAUAUGGUAAUUAAUGUUUACCGUGUUUCUUAUGACAAAAGCCAAAUAUAUAGAUAUAUCUCGCCUUUGAUCCACCAAAAAAAAAGCAAAAAACAGUUGAGCUAUGUUGUCAGCUUGGGUCGAUUUCAUUCAGCAUUGCAUUGUUGUCAUUAAAAAAACAUUAUUUGUUGCUAUGGUAACAGAGUAGGGUUGUAAAUACAAUUAUUAAGUAGGCCAUCCUUAAAAAAUUGCUUGUUUCCAUGAAAUGUCCAAAAAAAACUUUUCGUGUUUAUUACCACUAGAAUCAAAUAAACGUAUGUUCGUAUGUUACUAGAGAAAUUAAACCAUAUUUUAUAGCCAGAGCUGUGGGACCACUCUAGAUGUCAUUCAUCGCAGGUCUUGCAGCAUUUUGGGUACAAAAUUAAUCCUUUGGCAAUCCCAUCAAAUAGUGGGGGUAAAACUCCCCAUUUGGCUUCAAAAUUUUGUUUAUAAAGUAAAACUUUGGGAUGUGACGGGGUCAAGCCAUUAUAAAUGCAGCCACUAUAAGGGGCCGGCAGACCUUUAUGAACAUAACAACAAAAUUAGUUACUGUCACUAAUAGUUUUGUCAGAAUUUUAAACAAUAUGUUCAUGACAACUGAAAAAAUCUUGGUCAAACACUGGCAACAUAGAAUUUUUUAAGAUGGCCUAAUAUUUUGAGUUGCGGAAAUCUCAUGCAUAAUUUAGAAAUCUCAUUGUUUGAAUGAUAUAUGGCCGAUGACUUUAAUAGUGCUGUUAAAUUUCACUUUGUGCUAUAAAUUGUAAAUAUUUUCAGUAGUGCUAUAUGUGAAAAUUGUAGAUUUCAACGCUUUACAUGUGAAUUUGUACCAAUCUAUUUAUAUGUGUAUAGAAAAUGUCAUUUUGUUCAUGGUUUAUAUUAGUAUUAUUCACUUCUGUCUUGUUAAGUGAUAUUGAAAAAGGAUAAAUAAAACUGUUAAGAA